CGCAUUUACGUGCAACGUAACUCACGUUAGGUCUGGAAGCGCCAUUGAAAGUUUGCAGUGGAUCUGUAUAAUUUUUUAACUGUUUUGCGCGCAAUAAAUACAACAGAAUCAAUCUGUCUUGUUCUGCAUUGUUGAACGCUUAGGUGUCUGGUUAAACUGAUCCGUCAUGUAUCGCCCCAAACCUACACUGAAAGACCGUCAGCACCUGUACAAGUUGAUCAUCAGCCAGCUGCUCUAUGAUGGAUACACAAACAUCGCCAAUAGUCUAAUCAAUGAGGUCAAACCACAAAGUGUAGUGUCGCCUUCAGAGCAGCUGAUGCAGCUGGCAAAGAUAGGGAUGGAGAAUGAUGACAGUGCAGUUCAGUAUGCAAUUGGACGCUCAGAUACUGUAGCCCCUGGUGUGGGUAUCGAUCUGGAAUUUGAUGCAGAUGUCCAGACCAUGUCUCCAGAGGCAUCAGAGUAUGAAACCUGCUAUGUAACAUCUCACAAGGGUCCGUGCCGUGUUGCUUCAUACAGCCGUGAUGGCCAACUGAUUGCUACUGGUUCUGCUGAUGCUUCUAUCAAGAUCCUGGAUACUGAACGCAUGCUGGCCAAGAGUGCCAUGCCUAUUGAGGUGAUGAUGAAUGAGACAGCACAGCAAAACAUGGAGAACCACCCUGUGAUUCGAACACUGUAUGACCAUGUAGAUGAAGUCACCUGCCUCGCCUUCCAUCCAACGGAACAAAUUCUAGCCUCUGGCUCCAGAGAUUACACGCUCAAACUAUUCGACUACUCAAAGCCCUCCGCAAAAAGAGCAUUCAAAUAUAUACAGGAAGCAGAAAUGCUGCGUUCCAUCUCCUUUCACCCAUCGGGAGACUUCUUGCUGGUAGGAACGCAGCACCCCACCCUCCGCCUCUACGAUGUCAACACCUUCCAGUGCUUUGUGUCCUGCAACCCUCUCGACCAGCACACAGACACCAUCAGUGGUGUUAGCUACAACCCCUCUGCCAACAGCUAUGUCACCUGCAGCAAGGAUGGCAGCAUCAAGCUGUGGGACGGUGUCUCCAACCGCUGCGUUACCACCUUCGAGAAGGCCCACGAUGGGGCUGAGGUCUGCUCAGCCAUCUUCUCCAAGAACUCAAAAUACAUCCUGUCCAGCGGCAAAGAUUCUGUGGUUAAACUUUGGGAGAUCUCUACAGGCAGGACACUGGUCAAGUACACAGGUGCAGGACUGAGUGGCCGGCAGAUGCAUCGUACACAAGGUGUGUUUAACCACACAGAGGACUACGUCCUGCUGCCAGAUGAGCGCACCAUCAGCCUGUGUUGCUGGGACUCACGCACAGCAGAGAGGAAAAACCUGCUUUCUUUGGGACACAACAACAUCGUCCGCUGCAUCGUCCACUCCCCCACCAAUCCCGGCUUCAUGACCUGCAGCGACGACUUUAGGGCUCGCUUCUGGUACCGCCGCACCACCACAGACUGAGACACAUCCGACUGUCAUGUUUCUUUGAUUCUUCAACAUUUCCCCCUCAGCUCUUCUUCUUGAGAACCAAACAGGAUACCAGACAAGUCCCCGUGACAUCAGUGAACAUGCAAUUUUCUCCAAAAUGUUCCAUUGUCAUUCAUUGAAUUUUUGAUUAACUUCUAUUCUGUGAAAUAUGUUGGGCAGUACCUCUGUUAGCCACUACUUCAUCUGACGAAAUUUGUAUUUCUGAAUCUCUUCUCUUCCUCUUUUGUUAACCAAUCUGUGAGACAUUGUGAGACUCUGAACUUCUAUCCGGUUCAUGAAUGUCUGACCUUUAAAACUUCUUCCACUGAUUUGACACUUCACUUCUUCACAAUUCUCAGUAGGAAGCUGUUAGUGACAGCAGAGUUGGUUUGUUGCCUUUUUCACUUUUAUAUUUUGUCUUUGUCCUUCGUUGUAACUCAGAUUUUUAUUAAACAAUUAAUAAGAAGAAGAAGC